CAAAUAGUACCACGGCUUAGGGUCAACCGACCUUGACCUGCGCCACACGCUGGAUCACUGAUCACUCCAGUCUCGAAUGGAGCAAUGAGGUUAGGAAUUUCCCGACGGAUGUCUUAUUGAUUGCUAUAUCUUUCUAAAGGUUCUCCCAUCUCCACUCCUUCUCCCGUCAGAUGCGACCGACCUCUUCCCCUUUCCCCACGGUCACAAGCAGGUGUCUGGCUUGGUUGACGUUGUUGACGUUGUUAUCAAUUGAAUUAGUCUGACGUAGUCGUCAAACAUCCUUCCCACUUCACUAUGUUGCUUCACGCUCUUAUACCUCUCUCCCUCUUGCAAGCUGUGCUUGCUUCUGCCGGUCUAUCCGACCUGACGGCAAGGUCAUCGUCUCUGUCUUCCGGAAAACAAGUGGCAGUAGACAUCGCCUACUAUGCCCACCGCGCGCUACCCAACACCCCCAGCGGCGACUACGCUCCGGCCAUAGUAUCAUGCCCGUCCGCGCGACCCACGGUCCGGGCCGCGUCGGCGCUGUCUCGGAACGAGACGGAGUGGCUACCGCUGCGGCGCAAUCGCACGGUGGCCCCCAUGAUCGACUUUUUGAAGAGGGCAAACAUCCCAGACUUUGACGUCGAGUCCUACAUCAACAAGGCCGCGUCGUCCAACAUCUCGGCGCUGCCCAACAUCGCCAUCGCCGUCUCCGGCGGCGGCUACCGGGCCCUGAUGAACGGCGCCGGGUUCCUCAAGGCCGCGGAUAGCCGGACUCCCGGGUCGACCGACAGUGGGGGCAUCGGCGGGCUGUUGCAGUCGGCCACCUACCUUGCCGGCCUUUCCGGUGGCGGCUGGCUGGUCGGCAGCAUAUUCGCCAACAACUUCUCAAGCGUGGAGAGUCUGCAGCUGGACCCCCACGUAUGGCAAUUCAGCAGCUCCAUCUUCCAGGGCCCCAAGGAGAGUGGCAUUAGCCUCUUCAAUACGGCCGCAUACUGGGGCGACGUUGCCGACCAGGUGUCGAGCAAAGCCGACGCCGGCUUCGAGACCAGUAUCACCGACUACUGGGGCCGCGCCCUGAGCUACCAGCUGGUGAACGACACGGAUGGCGGGCCAGCGUACACCUUCUCUAGCAUUGCCCUGACGCCCGACUUUGAACAGGGCCAGACCCCGUUCCCUAUCCUGGUGGCCGACGGGCGGGCGCCGGGUGAGUUCAUCGUCUCCCUGAACGCGACCAACUUCGAAUUCAACCCGUUCGAGAUGGGCAGCUUCGACCCCACCGUGUUCGGAUUCGUGCCGACGCGGUACCUCGCGUCGAAUUUCAGUGGCGGGAAGAUUCCGUCCUCGGGCCACUGCGUCGAGGGCUUCGACCAGUUCGGCUUCGUCAUGGGCACGUCGAGCUCGCUGUUCAACCAGUUCCUCCUCCAGAACCUCUCGUCGCUGGACAUCCCCCGCCCCGUGGUGUCGACCAUCGAGGCGGUGCUCAAGGUCCUCGGCCGCGACAACAACGACAUCGCCCAGUACCUGCCCAACCCCUUCCUCGACUGGAACAACGACACAAACCCGUACUCCUCCUCGCUUGAGCUCUCCCUCGUCGACGGCGGCGAGGACCUGCAGAACAUCCCCCUGACGCCGCUCGUCCAGCCCAUCCGCCACGUCGACGUCAUCUUCGCCGUCGACUCGUCCGCCGACACGCAGUACAACUGGCCCAACGCCACCGCCCUGCGCGCCACCUACGAGCGCUCCCUCUCCCCAAUGGCCAACGGCACGGCCUUCCCGGCCAUCCCCGACGCCAACACCUUCGUCAACCUCGGCCUCAACAACCGCCCCACCUUCUUCGGCUGCGACGCCUCCAACUUCACCGCCGACCGUCCCGUCCCGCCGCUGAUCGUCUACCUCCCCAACGCGCCCUACACCUCCCUCAGCAACGUCUCGACCUUCGACCCCUCGUACCCGCGCGCCCAGCGCGACGACAUCAUCCUCAACGCCUACAACGCCGCCACCCAGGGCAACGGCACCCUCGACGCCGACUGGCCGUCCUGCCUCGCCUGCGCCGCCCUGAGCCGCGGCCUGGCCCGCGCGGGGACGCCGGUCCCGGCCCGCUGCGCCGACUGCUUCGCCCGGUACUGCUGGAACGGCACGCUCGACGCGAGGGAGCCCGCGGGCGCCUACGAGCCGCCUUUUAAGAUUGGGGAUCGGACUACUAGUUCCAAGUCGGGGGCGGCGGGAGCGGGGGAGGGGGGUAUGGGUCGCCUGGUGUUGGGGCUGGUCGUUGGGGUGGUUGCUUGGUUGUUUGUAUGAUGUGGUGCUUGUGCAAUGUGGAACAUGUGUUGGGCGGUUUGCAUUUUUACUCUGUGGUAUAGGGGCUCACUGUAUUUAUUUAGAUGGUUGUGUCAUGUCACUACCUGGAAUAAUUAGGGGGGGCUAGGGGUUUUUAUUUUGGGUUGUUUGGGCGUGUUGAGUCAACAAAAAACAAUGGGUUAGAUAGGAGCCAUGGAAUUACGGCACAUCGGCGGUCAAGACGGCAGCAACGCAGUAUGUAUAACAUGCCAGAGAUUCGGUGUUGCACUCUGAGAAAAAGAGGGGAAGAGGGGGGUCUUUCAUUUUCGUAACGUAACGCAAUGCUAGAC